ACAAGAGCCACUGCAGGGAGACUACAGAUCCACUUAUUUUAAGGGGAAACGCCACGAUUUUCGACUUAUCUUUUGUAUUUUUGUUUUUGGGUCACAUAAAACUCUUUAAAGCGACAUGUGGAUUUACAAAAUUUUGCUCUGUGUGGCCGUUUUGGUUUACUCAGAAACGAAGAGACAUGCUCUGCAAGACUACCAGAAGACUGAUGCCAUGCGCUUGGUCACUUCACCUGGUGCGUCCUACAUGACCAAAGGCCGCAAGAUGAGCAUAGGAAAGUGUGCACGACGCUGUAGUCGCAACAGGAAGCUCCAGUUCACCUGCAGAGCAUUCAGCUUUGAUCAGAAAAGUACAAAAUGUCAUCUACUCUCCUAUGACAGCCUCACCUUUGGCGUCCGCAUGGAGAAUGACUUCAACUUCGAUCUAUAUGAGAAGAAAGACUUCAUGAGAGAAUGCAUCAUCGGUAAUGGACUCAACUACAAAGGGAAAAGAUCGGUGACUAAAAGUGGAGUCCAGUGCCAACUCUGGAAUUCCAAAAUGCCGCACGAGCACAAUUUCUUACCCCAGAGGCACAAACAUCGAGAUCUACGGGAUAAUUUAUGUCGUAAUCCGGACAACACCACAACAGGUCCUUGGUGUUUUACCACAGACCCCAAAUUACGUCACCAGGACUGCAGCAUCCCACAAUGCUCGGAGGUGGAAUGUAUGACGUGUAACGGAGAAAGUUAUCGUGGACCCUUGGACCACACGGAGAGUGGCCGGGAAUGCCAGCGCUGGGAUCUUGAGGAACCACAUGAACACAUUUUCCACCCUAAAAGGUACCCCGAUAAAGGUCUAAAGGACAACUACUGCAGGAACCCAGACGGGCGCCAGAGACCCUGGUGUUUCACCACCGAUCCCAGCACUCCAUGGGAGUACUGUAACAUCAAACAGUGCGAUUCAGACAACAGUGGUGAUGUUGAAAACACAACAGCGUGUUUCCGUGGACGCGGAGAGGGGUAUCGCGGGAGGGUUGGCAUCACCCCUGAUGGAGUGACUUGUCAACGAUGGGAUGCCCAGUUUCCCCAUCGACACUCGUAUACGCCACAAAAUUACCAUUGCAAGGAUCUGCGGGAGAACUACUGUAGAAAUCCUGAUGGUCGUCAUCUCCCAUGGUGCUUCACUACUGAUCCCACUGUACCUGUAGCUUUCUGCACCAACAUCCCUCGCUGUGGAGUCAAACCUCCUGAACCUGAAGAGUGUUAUAAGGGCAUUGGUGACAUGUACAAUGGCCACCGGUCAAAGACUCGCUCAGGCAUCCCCUGUGCCCUUUGGAAAGACCACAGUGAAAGUAACGAAAGAGAUGUGAACUUGCUGACGGCUGAACAGGCAGGGAACUUCUGCAGAAAUCCAGACAAGGACAAACACGGCCCGUGGUGUUACACCAACAGCUCAUCCAUCCCCUGGGAUUACUGCUCUCUCAAACCCUGUGAGCCUUCACAUAACAAUCUGCCACAAAAAGAUGAGGUUACAAAGAGCUCGUGUUUUGUUCAUAAGCAGGUGAGAAUCGUCGGUGGCGGGCCUGUCCCGAUUAAAGAGGGCAGCUGGAUGGUCAGCAUACAGAGAGGGAGCAGUCAUUGGUGCGGAGGCUCUCUGGUCAGGGAGGAGUGGGUGCUGACAGACAGACACUGCUUCUCCUCAUGCGUGCCUGACCUAUCAGAGUACAGAGUUUGGCUUGGUAUUUCCCAUCUGAAUGAAUCAGGUGAGAAUGACUUCCACAGACAGGAGAGGAGAAUUUCGCAUGUCAUCUGUGGCCCAGAAGACUCUAGUCUCGCCCUUCUCCGCCUGUCCCAACCUGCACUCCCGAGUGAGCGUGUCCGAGUUAUUCAGCUGCCCGUAGCAGACUGCAGCAUUCAGGAGGACACCAUCUGCUCUGUGUACGGCUGGGGGGAAACCAAAGGCACUGGACAUGAGGGAACAUUGAAAGGAGUUAAUCUGCCCAUAGUGAGCAAUGAACGAUGCCAGCAGCUUCACAGAGGGACUCUUACCAUCACUAGUUCUAAACUGUGUGCUGGUGGCAGAAGAGAUGAAGGGGUUUGUGAGAAAGACUACGGUGGCCCUCUAGUAUGUCAAGAGAGUAACAGUAAAGUCAUUGUUGGUGUGAGCAUAAACGGCAGAGGAUGUGCCAGACAUAACCGACCGGCCAUUUUUGUGAACGUGGCCUUCUACGCCGGAUGGAUUCAUAAAGUUUACAGAAAUUAUCCAAACUCAGAAGUAAACAAUUGAUCACAUGAGCAAGAUUGAACUGAGAUAUAAGAACAAAAUAUCUCGACAAAUCCGACAGCUCAUUUCUUGAUUUAUUUUGUUCAUCAACAACAACAAAAGAAGUGUUAUUGGAAGCUUUCCCAGCUUGGCCAUAAAGCAUAUAUUCCAAAACUACUAAAAGUGCUUUAAACUGAUGCUCUAAAUUCAAGCAAUUUGUACACCUAAUAAUGCCAGAACCGCAGAGCAAGGCGCUGGGAGACAAGAGUCUCAACAGGCUAUAUUCGCAACUAGCCAUACGGAAAGAUAAAGACUACUGGACCGAAGUGCAGACGAGCAGCCAGAAUCUGUUUCAAGAAUCAAUAGCAAUUCCUGGCCACCAACCAAAAACCUCAAGUCCUCGAAGAGAAAUCUUGCUGCAGUGCGCUUCGUAUGUACAUUCAACCCACACAUCACCCGUCAAACUAACAAGCUGGACUUCAGUUGGGAGAUUGGAUUCAGAAACCUAACCCAAGUUUAAGUCUGGAAUCAAACCAGGACUUGAUAUAUGGAUACAAACUCUGAGAUCCUCAACAGAAAUCCACCGUUCCCUCUUUCAAAAGCAUACAAAGCUUACCGACAUACACAUUUCGGGUGAGAAAAGAGGGCUGUUAUGAUUAUAAGUACUUGUUGAUAUAAAACCCUCAUUAACGGUGUCAUUCAAAAAGCCACUUUCGAUAAAGUAUUAGCUGUUAGCAUUGCUAAAUGUAAAAUAGCUUAUGGGUAAAAAGUAUACACAGAAGGCUUUUUUUGCAGUUUAUGGACCUGACAAAAAGCCCCUUCAUUCAAAGGCCUCUUUCGAUAAAGUAUUAGCUGUUAGCUGUUAGCAUUGCUAAAUGUAGAUUGCCUUUUGGUUUAAAAGUAUACACAGAAGGCCUUUUUUCAGUUUAUGCUCCUGAUAAAAAGCCUCUUCACUUAAAAAGCCCCUUUUGAUAAAGUAUUAGCUGUUAGCAUUGCUAAAUGUAGAUUUCCUUAUGGUUAAAAAGUAUACACAGAAGGCUUUUUUGCAGUUUAUGCUCCUGAUAAAAGUCUUUUUAUUCAGAUAGCCCCUUUUGAUAAAGUAUUAGCUGUUAGCAUUGCUAAAUGUUGAUCGCCUUUUGGUUAAAACGUAUACACAGAAGGCUGUUUUUUUUUGCAGUUUAUGCCCCUGAUAUAAGUCUUUUCAUACAAAUAGACCCUUAUGAUAAAUUAUUAGCUGUUAGCUGUUAGCAUUGCUAAAUGUAGAUUUCCUUAUGGUUAAGAAGUAAACACAGAAGGCUUUUUUGCAGUUUAUGUCCCAUGAUAUAUCUUUUCAUUCAAAUAGCCCCUUUCGAUGAAGUAUUAGCUGUUAGCAUUGCUAAAUGUUGAAUAUUUCAAGGGUAAAAAGUAUACACAGAAGGCUUUUUUGUCGUUUAUGCUCCUGAUAAUACUUGAAAACUCUCAUGAGAGAGGUCACUGUGUCCCUCAAUAACACCUCCUCAUGUCGCCGUCACGAUGUUUAUAUAGUCAAAGGUGUUCCAUCCAUUUUCAGUGUUGAUAUUUUGUCCGCAAGCCUGAACGGAGAUGACAUGACCUGCUUGUAAUGACAUGCAGCAGAAAAUCGUAGUUGUCAUAACAUAUCAGCAUCUUGAGGUUCCCAUACACUAUGUUUGGUUUAGAACGGAAUUCAGAGGAGGAUUUGGAAAUGUGUGUUGUAAAUACUGUGGUCAUGGGAGUGGGCUAAUCACUCCCAGUUCUUUCGUAGGUCUCAUAGACCUUUAUAAAAUGUUACGGCAUGGUGGCCUCCUCCAUUCCAGUGUCUUUUCGUGUCCUUGUU